UUUUCUGGUUUGAGCGACCUCGCGAGUCAAAUUUCUGCUUGUUGGUGACGAGGGACGCGAAGCUGGCGGGAAGGGUGGUGAAGUACUGCAAGAGCAAGUCCUGCAAGCUCCGGGGACAUCUGCUCCGCGUCGACUUUGUGCAUCGAGGUGAGCACAACAUGCGAUGGACGGAAGGACAUCGGCCUGAGGGAGCUGACUGGGCGCAUGAGCACAAGCAAGUCGACAGCAAGAUGGUCGACAAGAAUCGAAGCAUGUCAAGCAAGUCCAAGGCCUAUGGGCUGAUGUGCUCGGAGUACCAGCGAAACUUCUCAGGAGGGCUCAUGUACGACAUCAACGGCAUUGAUCGCUUCCUCAAGAAGCACCCGGCCGCAAGCAUGGCGUAUCCUUCCGUCGCUGAAGGCAGGAGGCGCGGAGCCCCACAGCACGGCCUCAUGCAAUGGUAUCCGUGGAUGCCGGCGUGGGAGAAGGGAGCGCCGCUGAGACGCAUGGACUGGAUCCCAACGCCUUCGUUCCCUGGAGGAGGCGAAGUUGAAAUGCCGAUGAACAAGGAGAGGAUGAGGAUGAAGUAUCGCUACCCUGACGACCGCGAGGCAGGAAAGUGAUGGAGGGUUGUAACAGUAUGAACUAUGCUCUGUUGCUGU